UUCUGUGACCAAUCACCGUCGUCUGUCCGUCGUAGAGGCGGGGCGAGCCACUUUGUUCACUUCCUGUUGUUCAAUAAAGUUUAUGCAACAAGGUACAGAGACAUGGGCGCAGUUACAGAUGAUGAAGUCAUUCGGAAACGUCUACUUAUUGACGGGGACGGAGCUGGUGAUGACCGACGAAUUAAUUUGCUGAUAAAGAGUUUCACGAAAUGGUGCAACUCGCCUGGGACCCCAGAGGACGGGUUCACGCAGUAUCAGAGGAUGUUGGGCACCCUGGCCCAGUGUGAAUUCUCCAUGGGGAAGACGUUGAUGGUUUAUGACAUGAACCUUCAGGAAAUGGAGAAUUAUGAGAAAAUCUACAAAAACAUAGAACAAAACAUCACAUCUGCGCAUGAGAAGAUAGCAGAAUGCAAAAAAGAAAUCCAGAGGGCAAAGAGAAUACGAAAAAACCGGCAAGAGUAUGAUGCUUUGGCAAAGAUAAUCCAGCAACACCCGGAUCGGCAUGAAACACUAAAGCAGUUGGAGGCACUUGACAAAGAACUGCAGCAACUGUCUCACAUCAAAGAGAAUGUGGAUGCAAAGUUGGAGUUAAGGAAGAAGCAGUUCCAUGUUCUACUCAGUACCAUACAGGAGCUACAGCAGACACUUGAGAAUGACGAGAAAUCGGACAAUGACGACAAUAGUCAGGAGAGCCCAGCAGAGAAUGGCGAAUAAACAUGCAGAGAUCCUGACUGAAAGCAAUGACCUCAACUGCUUUUAAAUGAUUUUGGUUUUUUUUUGUCCUGAAGUCCUUUUGUAUGUAUUUUUGAAUAAAGCUGACUUGUUCAUGUC